AUGAGCUCUAACAACAGUUACUCUUCCUGCAUGUUCGUUAAGAAUGAAUAUGAUGAAAUUUAUUCAAAUGAAAAAAUGAAGAAGCGAAAUAUAAAGGAUUGUAUGAAACAUGAUUCAAAUGAUUUUAAAUUACAACAUAAUUUAAAAAAGAUUAGAAAGAAGAAAUUAUCAAAGCUAAAGAAUUAUAACAAUAAUCAAAUAAAAAAUUACAAAGUAAAAUGGUCAAACAGAAUGAAGUGGACACCUAAAAUGCUGGAAAUAUUUGAAGAAUCGGUUUUUUAUUUUCUAGAGCAACAGAAAAAAAUAAAAGAUUCUACUUAUGAACCUACGCCCUGUCGAAUUUUAUCAUACAUGCAUAAAAAGUUUGAAGAUUUAGAAGAGAAAAAUUUGAAUGAUAUAAAGAAUAUGCAAAAUUUAUCAAGACUGCAUGUUGGGAGCAAAUUGCAAAAAUUUCUAUUAAAAUUAAAAAAAUUAGGGAUGAGAGAAAAUAUUAAAAAUACAAGUAAAAUUAAUGAUGCAAGUGUAGAUACAUAUUAUAGCAACGAUAAUAAUGAUAGUAAUAAAAAUAAUAAUAGUGAUUAUUAUUUUGGAGGAAAUGCUGAGAAAUCAUAUAAUGCUCAUAACAUAUCACAUAGUUGUUCAAAAAGUAAUGCAUCAAAUCCUGUUGACAAUUAUAGUGGGAGCAAUAAAGAUAUAAAUGAAUCAAUAAAUAAUAAAUCGUUUGUAGAAACUGAUAAUUAUAAUAAUGGUUUAUAUUCAAAUCAGAUAAUAAAUGAUUCAAAAUAUUUUACUAAUUAUGAUACUGUCAAUUCGUAUUUUAUUUAUGCAAGUAACUAUGAUAAUACGAAUGUACAAAAUAAAAUAUCGAGUAAUAUUCCGCAGAGUGAUUCCAAUGAUUUAAUUGAUAGUAACCGUAAUAUUUCUUUUGUGAACGAAGUAAAUUUAACAAGUAAGGCAAAUCAAAAUAGUGCAUUAUCAUUAAAUAAUCCUUUAAUUUUAACAAAUAACUCUUUUGAAAUUUCACCGUUUUCUUUGAAUAGUAGUAAUACUAAUAACAAAUCAUUUAAUAAUGUAGGUGAUACCUUUUAUUCUUUUAAUAAUAUGAAUUUAAAUAGUAUUAAUAACGAAAUGAAUGAAUUACAAAUAGUAGAGCUUUUGCAUUUGGUAGUGAAAGAUUUUAGUUUAUUAAAUGAUAACAUGAAAGCUCAAAUUUUAUUUAAAUUAGCAAAGCAGUUAUUAAAUAUGGCUGAAGAAAUUUUUACAAAUAAUCUAACCAACUACACAUCUUUAGAAGAUAAAAUGAACUAUCCAUGUAAAAGUAAUAUAAAUUCUUUAAUACCAUUAAGAAUGCUGUGCCAAAUUAACAAUCUAAAGGAUUAA